CUGUGGAAGCCCUCGGACGCGGCCAAGCCCAGGGAAGGGGCCCGGGCUGGCAUUACCAUCUCCAUUACACCCGCGCCGCCCGAAGAAUACUGCCGAAAGGACAGCAGAGCGAGCUGACAUCUAGCCAUGGCCAAAGACUUAAAGAGCCUGGUGGGAGCGGGAAGCGCCCGGGAGAUGCAGGAGAAGCUGGAAAGCUGGCAGCAGAACUACGAGGGGAAUUCUGCUGACGAAAAUCUGAGCCGAGGCUGUGAAAUAUUAGAACUGAACAAUGCAAUUCAAAAGCAGGUCUUCUCAAUUCUCAAUGAAACAGCUCAAGGAGAUGAUUGUGCAGCAAAAAUAAAAGGCUGUCUCCUGCCAAGUAUAUGUUGUACUGCUUCAGGAAGUGACAACGUCACUCAGGAUUCAGCUGAAGGAGAGCUACAGCUGAGAGACUUGUCCUGCAAACCAAGGUGUGAACUGCGAGAGCUGGAGGACAAACUAAGCGAAACUCGUGUGCAGAUCAACCAGAUGGAACGAGAUCUGAGGGCUUCCCGGUGCAACUUAAGGAGGCUAGAGCAACUGGAUGAGUACGAGCAGAAGAUUGAGAACUUGCGGGAUGAGAUUGCUAUGCUGGAUUGCAAAAAGUCUGUUAUCCAGAGCAGUUAUUUUGUUGAUGAGUCCUCUUUUAUAGAGUUCUACUCUGUAGUUGUAGCUUUCGCGCUGCACUCCUCCACCAUGCCGUCGGAGGUGUGUCUCUCCACCGUGCCGUCUGAGGGCCUGUAUCUCUCCUCCACUGUGCCUUCCGAGGGCCUGUAUUUCUCCUCCACCGUGCCUUCCGAGGGCCUGCUCUCCAUGCGGUCCGAGGGCCUGCUCUCCAUGCGGUCCGAGGGCCUGCUCUCCAUGCGGUCCGAGGGCCUGCUCUCCAUGCCGUCCAAGGGCCUGCUCUCCAUGCCCUGUGAGGGCCUGCUCUCCAUGCCGUCCAAGGGCCUGCUCUCCAUGCCCUGUGAGGGCCUGCUCUCCAUGCCCUCCAAGGGCCUGCUCUCCAUGCCCUGGCCUGCACUCCACCGUGCCUACCAUGCCGUCCAAGGGCCUGCUCUCCAUGCCUACCAUGCCGUCCAAGGGCCUGCUCUCCAUGCCUACCAUGCCGUCCUAGGGCCUGCUCUCCAUGCCUACCAUGCCGUCCAAGGGCCUGCUCUCCAUGCCUACCAUGCCGUCCGAGGGCCUGCUCUCCAUGCCUACCAUGCCGUCCGAGGGCCUGCUCUCCAUGCCUACCAUGCCGUCCGAGGGCCUGCUCUCCAUGCCUACCAUGUCGUCCGAGGGCCUGCUCUCCAUGCCUACCAUGCCGUCCGAGGGCCUGCUCUCCAUGCCUACCAUGCCGUCCGAGGGCCUGCUCUCCAUGCCUACCCUGUGGUCCGAGCCCCUGCUCUCCAUGCCUACCCUGCGGUCCAAGCCCCUGCUCUCCAUGCCUACCAUGCCGUCCAAGGGUCUGCUCUCCUCCGCUGUGCGGUGUCAGGCCCUGUGUCAGGCCCUUGCCGUGCCCUUUGCCCGAGGCCCUGUUCACCUCCCCGGCUCAGGCGGGGCAGCGCUUCACACCGUGCCUGCCUCAUAGCUCGCUAUAACUUCAUUUACGCUAAAGAACGCUUGGAGGCAGAGUGCAUUUUGAGGCGAUAUGUCUGUAACUUGGAGACAGUGCAGAGGAUAAUAUACAUUGCAUGUGUGGAAUCUUUCCGUGCAGCAAAGAUGGCCUUCUGGAAGGUGAAAAUAAAUGUAAAAGACACUUUGGCUAUAUGUUACAGAGGGGGACCUACAUCACUUGAAGUUGCUGUCCUGGAUUAUAUAGCUUGCCACAAGGAUCUGUAUGACGUUUGUUGCAGCGUCCAUGAAGUAGUUUGCUGCAUGAACAGGAACCCAAAGCUUCCAUGUCCAGGAGAGUUGGAUUUCGUUGUGAUCAGCGCUUUGAUUCGAGAGGUGUGCUGUUUGGCUUAUUCAAUGCAGACACUCAUUCCUCCUCUUGAUAUUGCCUAUGGCGUUGAUGGAGAAUGCUUCAAUAGGAACAUGUACUUUCGUAGCUUUGACUCAGAUUUCGCAGCUCCCUUUGUGGCCUAUCACGUCUGGCCUCCUCUGAUAGAAGAUGGUACUGUUAUUGUGAAGGGAGAAGUAGUCACUAAAAAAAUGGUUAUGUGUCCUCGCAGAUGCAGAAUUAGAAGCAGAAGCUGCAGCUGUGGCCGUCCUCUGCUGUGUGGUCAAGUGCCUCGAAGCCGCAGUCUUUCAACAGUGAGGGUCAAAAGGCGCUGCUAACUGGACAUCUUCCUGCAGUGCAACACAACUGGAUUCAACAACUUUGCUGGUGCCGUUUCUCUUCGGAAAUAC